AGAGGGCGGCGCCGCCAUUGGCCGGCGGGAUCGGGGCGGCCGGGACCUGCCGGCGUGGGGGAGAGGAGGUGGCGGCGGCGCGGCGCGCGUGCGCAGUUGGCGGGGCGCUGACUCCUCCAUCCUCCUCUUGGGCAGGCGGCGGCCGCGGCUGCUGCGGGGCCGCACGGAGCCUUCUCCACCCGCCUGCUCGCUCGCUCGCGCACGGCUGGCUAGUCCGGAUAUGGCUCGUGGACAGCAGAAGAUUCAGUCGCAGCAGAAAAAUGCCAAAAAGCAAGCUGGACAGAAAAAGAAACAAGGACAUGAUCAGAAGGCUGCAGCCAAGGCUGCCUUAAUAUAUACCUGCACUGUCUGUAGGACACAAAUGCCGGACCCCAAGACCUUCAAACAGCACUUUGAGAGCAAGCAUCCUAAGACUCCACUUCCUCCAGAAUUGGCUGAUGUUCAGGGAUAAAAUUGUUUACAGAUUGUGUAGCAAACAUAGUUAAUGAGCAAAUAAGGUGACUGGAAAGCGGCAUCAUACUGGUAAGACAAAUUAACAUACUUUCAUAAGAAUUUUGUUGCAUUUUGAAAACUGUAUGAUAACUACAUAACCAUCAGUUGAAAUCGGUAAAGGCCAGGGUGAUCUUCAGUUUUAUACACUAAUAAACUCCCUAUGUACAGCUGAAAUACUGUAACAUUUUCUAAUAAAUUGAACCCAAAAGUAUGGGGGGAACGCAGGACUAGUGGGGGAAUUGUCCUCAUUUAGUACUGUCUGCAAAUACUCAAAUGUAUGGAUUUAAAGAGUUGUGCGGGAGGGUAAGGAAUAGGGGAGUUUCCUCUCCUCAUGUCUAAACUUGUGGAUGGCACCCUGUUAACUCUGGCUAAAAAGACACAAUUGUGCAUUGUUCUGUGUCUGAUUAAAGAGCAAGUUAAAAAACCUAAAGUGUAAAAUGUGAUUUUCCUGCCUGUUAAAAGCAAGUGUUCCUGCAUUUUUAUUAAAUGAAUUUGUUGUUGGCUGGACAGCUCUAAAUCUUGAAGCUAUCCAGCUACAAAAAGUAGCUGUGGCAGGGCAAACUUCCCACCUUCAUCCUGCAAGUCUGACUUGUCUAUGCAUGGACUGCUAUCUCUUUCUC